GCCCAGGCUCGAGCCCAAUAACCCGCGCGUCGAGGUCCAAACCAGCUCGCGCAACUUGGACAAGAAGAUUGCGCUGCUGGCGAAGUUUUCCGACGCGGUCAACCGUGCCCAACGAGACCUCGCCGGCGCCCAGGAGCAGCGCGAGAAAUCCGCCAUCGCGAUGGCAAAUGGCCACGCCGGCGUCGGCGAGCGCAUCGUCGGCAAGAAACCGACCGAAGAGGAGAUCAGCAAUCGCAGGUCAGGCGGCGACGAGGUCCCGAUUGCCGAGGGCGAGGCCGCCGAGGGUUUCGCCGCAGCGGGGGCGCCUCGCGACGGGCCCCGCAACCUGGCGGGG